UCAGCAUCGUGUACCGCGCAAUCGUGACUGACUGGCCCUGACUGUUAUCGUUAUCUCCCGGGGGGGCCUCUGACGCCCUUGCCCGGACGGUUGAGCCUUUUUAUCACCUUCCUAUCAGCCACCGACCGUUCGAAUUCGAAUUCAAACGUUAUCCGUUACUCCAGCUCCAGGCGGUCCAAGCGUGCAAUGAGGUCUGUCGGUGGUGGUGGAGGUGGUAGCGGUUCUGCAAAAACUUCGGUCACCGAACCGAACCCUUCACCCUUCUAACGUUAUUCUUACUCCGGCGCGCGCACAAAAAUCGAAGGUGAAACCAUUCCCGGCCACCAGUUUUUCACCUUUCCCUCGCUCAACUCCAUCCCAUCGUCGAUGGACGGUACGAUGCGGGUGUACAACGCGACGCUGUGGAUACGGCUGGAGCUGAAGCUGAAGACGAAGACGAAACCGGGCAAGGGCGGCACGAUCUCGAACCCGGACACCCACUGGAACCUGCACGGUGGCAACAAGGUGCUGAUCCUGUGGGUGUUUCGCAUCAUCAACAGCUCGAAGCCAACGGAAACGAUGAGCAAGGAGGAGGAAUUCUCGAAGCACACGGAGAUGAUAGCGAAGCACACGAUCCCGCUGGAAUCGGGGCUCGGCUGGCAGCAGAUCGAUCUGACGGGCGCGGUUCGCCAGUGGCACGGCGAGAAGCGGAACGAUAGCUUGAAGCUGUUUGUCGACUGUUCCGGCUGCGGUAACCGGAUCCGCUUUCACAUCUUCGAGCACGCCACCAACCACCCGCACCUGCAUCCGUACGGGCGGAACGAGCGGUUGAAUGGGAGCAGCCGGAAGAAAGCGCUACCGGUGAAGGAUGGCAUCGGUGGUGGUGGUGGUGGUGCUGGUGGCGGUGUUGGUGGUGGUGGCUCGAUGAUGCGGCUCAAGUACCGCAAAAGCCAGGAGCAAGGCAAGGCAACGGCGUACGGCGAGGGUACGGAGGAUGACUACAACCGGCCGCACCUGUUCGUCAGCCUCGCCACGUCGCAGGUGCGCCGGUUGCGGCGGCGCGCCCUCGACUGUACCGGUGCACCGAACGAGCAGUGCUGCAAGCAAAAGUUCUACGUCGACUUCAAGGCACUCAAGUGGGACGACUGGAUCAUUCGGCCGCACGGUUACUACGCCAACUACUGCAAGGGCAGCUGCCACCUGGCGGACAAGUUUUCGUCCGAGUACCACUACGUCAUCGACCAGUACCGGCGCCAGGGGAACAGCGGUGGUGGAUCGGGCAGCAGCAGCAGCAGCGGUGGUGGAUCGAGCGGUACCGGUCCGGGCGGCGGUAGCUCCGGUGCCGAUUCGGUGCCCGGUGGCAAGGGUGCCGGCGGUGGCGGUGGCGGUGGCGGUGCCGCUGGUGCCCCGGGUGGUGGCCGGGCGAGUGCGGGUGGUGGCGGUGGGCUGGCAGGGAUCCAUCAGUGCUGUGCACCGGUCAAGUACUCGCCGAUGUCGCUCAUUUUCUACGGUCCCGAUGGGCGCAUCAUCAAGCAGGAUCUCGCUAAAAUGAUCGUCGAAGAGUGUGGUUGCCCGUAAGCACUCCAACCCACCGCGCCGUAUCCCGCCGUAUCGCCUUUUGCCCCAAAAGCAGCUUGCUUAAAAGCAGAAAUCCGCAACCAAUGUUACAGCUUCAACCGCGCAGCGCGCAGCCGGCUUUCCAACUGCUAAUAAAAAGCA